AUGCAGAUGUUAGAUAUCAAUGACGAAGCCGAGGAGCCAGUAUUGUUCUGUCAAAUAAGGACCAUCAACAGCGCGGAAUCUUUGAUACGGAAUAUGUCUCAAAAUGAAGCUGAACGCGUGUCUGUGCUUAUUUUAGAAUGCAGCGAUGUAUUGUUCUUCGAAAGCUCCUUAGAGUCAACGAGACAAAGAAACUUCCUGUCAGGUCUUCGACAUCUCAAAGACCUCCGUAUCGAGAACUGUAAAAUCCGUAACGUUCCUGCAACAUCAUUUUCUCAACUACGUCACCUCAGGCGUCUUUCGCUUCGUUCCCACAACUCGGAAUGGUCUGCAAUGACUCUAGACUUGCACCCUGAAAGUUUUCGUGGUUUGGGAGAGCUUCGUAAACUGGAUUUAGCUGACAACAAUAUAUGGAGUACGCCGGAGGAGUUAUUCUGUCCCCUUUACAGUCUGACUCAUUUGAAUCUAACUCGAAACAAACUUCAAAACGUUUCGUCGCUCGGAUUUUCUGAUUGGGGUAAUGGGCCUCUAGCUCCUGGCCGUGCCUGCGUGAGUGGUUUGGAACUCCUCGAUUUAUCAUACAACGAGAUCAUAACUUUAACUGAUAAUCGACUUUCUGCACUGCGAACAUUGGAAGAACUUCAUCUAGAAGGUAACGCUAUUUCUACGUUAGGUGACAGAGCUUUAGUUGGGCUGACAUCAUUGAAGACUUUGAACAUGUCUAGUAACUUCAUGGUAGCUCUACCUCCUGAGCUUUUCCAAUCAUGCAGAGAACUUCAACAUCUAUAUUUACGAAACAAUUCCCUGAGCGUGUUAGCUCCAGGGCUUUUGGAGGGUCUUGACCAACUUCAAGUAUUGGAUUUGUCCCUCAACGAGUUAACCAGCCAUUGGGUAAACAGAGAUACAUUUUCAGGCCUCGUCAGGCUAGUCGUCCUGAACUUAGCCAAUAACGAACUUACUCGAAUCGAUGCCAAUUUGUUUCACGAUCUGUACACUCUGCAAAUACUCAAUUUGGAGAACAAUAGAAUAAACGCGAUUGCCGAAGGGGCAUUUGCCGAACUGAAAAAUCUCCACGCUUUAACUCUGUCUCACAAUAACAUGGCUCGCAUUGAAUCCCAUCACUUCACCGGUAUGUACGCUUUGAACCAGCUUUUGUUAGAUUCUAAUGACAUUGAAUACAUUCAUCCGAAAGCGUUCGAAAACGUGACGAAUUUGCAAGAUUUGGGUCUGAACGGAAAUAUGCUCGGUACGGUCCCUCCAGGCAUCGGUCAAUUGAGAUUCCUUAAAACCCUCGAUUUAGGAAAGAACCAUAUCGAAUCAGUUACGAACUCAUCAUUCGAGGGUUUAGACCUGCUUUAUGGCCUACGAUUAGUGGACAACCAUAUCGUAAAUAUAUCAAGAGAUGCUUUUUCAACGCUACCUUCAUUACAAGUAUUGAAUUUGGCAUCAAAUAAAAUCAAAUAUGUGGAACAAAGUGCUUUCUCGAGUAAUCCCACACUCAAGGCCAUACGUCUCGAUGCUAAUGAACUAACAGAUAUAAGUGGUGUAUUUACCAACCUGAAAACUUUAAUAUGGCUGAACGUUUCCUCGAAUAAAUUAUUAUGGUUCGACUACAGUCAUUUGCCUGUCAGUUUGGAGUGGCUUGAUAUGCACGAUAACCAGGUUACUGAACUUGCAAAUUACUAUGACGUUAGAAAUACGUUGAAGAUAAAAAUGCUGGACGUAAGUUACAACUUGAUAACAGAGAUAAAAGAAAAUUCCGUGCCAGACAGUGUUGAUACUCUUUUGUUGAAUAACAAUAAAAUUUCAGUCGUUCACCCAAACACAUUUCACAACAAGAAAGAUCUGAAAGAAGUCGUCCUAUACGGCAACGAGAUUCGAUAUCUAGACAUGAAUUCGUUAAGUCUCAGUCCAGUCAUGAAUGAUAGAGACCUUCCUCAGUUCUUCAUCGGAGGCAAUCCUUUUUACUGCGAUUGUAACAUGGAGUGGCUUCUCAGAAUCAAUCAUCUCAGUAAUUUGAGACAGUACCCGCAAGUAUUGGAUUUGGACGCGGUUACCUGCGAGCUUGCACAUUCCAGGGGCGCGCCGCCACAACCACUAUUGAACUUGAAGCCGUCGAAUUUUUUGUGCCCGUACGAAACCCACUGUUUCGCUUUAUGUCAUUGCUGUGAAUUCGAUGCUUGUGACUGCGAGAUGACUUGUCCUGACAAGUGUACGUGCUAUCACGACCACACGUGGUCUUCUAACGUAGUCGACUGUAGCAACGCUGGAUACACAACGGUACCUGAGAAAAUUCCGAUGGAUGCCACUGAAAUCUACCUGGACGGUAAUGACUUGGGUGAGCUUGGGAGUCAUGUUUUUAUCGGCAAGAAAAAACUUGAAGUUCUGUUUUUAAAUAACAGCAACGUCAAGGCUCUACACAAUAGGACAUUCAACGGUGUCAAUUCGCUAAAAGUGUUACACAUGGAGAAUAAUGAGUUGGAAGAAUUGCGCGGGUUUGAAUUCGAUCAACUUGAAAAUAUCAAUGAACUCUACCUGGACCAUAACAAAAUUGAAUACGUGGACAAUAAUACGUUCAAAAACAUGCCGAAAUUGGAAGUGCUUAAACUCGACGAGAACGAAAUUGUAGACUUUACCCCGUGGCAGCUGGAGAGCGGAGAUUCGAACUCCCACCCGCGCGUGACUUUAGACGGCAACAAGUGGUCGUGCGAUUGUAAUUUUAUAGCUCGUCUCGUAACCUGGAUCCGCGAAACGGGUGGCGAUCCCUCGAAAAUGAAUUGUGCGGGUCACGAGGGCUUCGAAACCGUAGCUGACGUCAUACGUAGGUGCGAGGAUAUAGACAAUGCGGUCGCGACCUCGGUCGUCCAGCGCGAAUUGAGCCAUCAGCUGUUGGGAGGCAGCUAUGUGCCGCUGCUUGCCGCCACCCUCGUAGCGGUCAUCGUGGUUAGUUUGUUGGUAGCCGUCUUGUUCAUCUUCCGACAAGAAGUUCGUGUGUGGGCGCAUUCCAAGUACGGAGUACGUAUUUUCCAGGACGGAGCCGCCGUUCAUGAAGACGACGACAGGGACAGAUUGUACGACUGCUACAUGGUUUACAGCCACAAAGAUGAAGAUCUGGCGUCCAGGGUGAUCGCCCCCGAACUGGAGCACUCCGGCCAUACCAUGUGUCUGCAUUAUCGCGACUUGCACCUCAUGGGCGGCGCGUCAUACUUGGCUGACGCUAUGGUGGGCGCAGCUGAUGCUUCUAGACGAGUGGUCUUCGUAGUCUCUCCUAUGCUGAUAUGCACGGAGUGGUCGCGUCCAGAGUUCAGGGCAGCGCUCCAGGCAGCCUUGCGAACGGCCUAUCGACAUAAGCUCGUAUGUAUACUUAGCGGCGACCCUCUGGAGCCGAUGGAUCCGGAACUCAGAGCUUUACUGCGUGCCUGCACCGUGACGAGAUGGGGGGAGAGGCGUUUCUGGGAGAAGUUGCGAUACGCCAUGCCGGACGUUAUAAAUACCGCUAGACGGAAUAAGAAACCAGCGGAGAUCCGGUGUAAGACGAAUUCUAGAUAUACUCCGGCGCCGUCUACUCACGAUUCCUGGUAUAAAUAUCAGCCAAUGCCAGGAGUUCAAGCCGCUGCAAUCACCCCAACUCCAACGCAGAGCACGUAUGUUUCGGGGGGUGAAUCUGCGAGGACUACAGAGGACGAGGCUGGAUCAAGUUCCAGUAGCCAACACUAUGGUUCUGAGCAAAUGAAUCAUAGUUAUGUAUCAAUUGAUGCUGUCGGCAUUGUGGGUGAAGAUGUCGACCUCAUAGUCCUCUUGAUGGCUGAAGCUGAUGCGCAUAAUGGCAUUAUUUUUAUUAAGCCUGGACGAAGGGAGACAAGGGAUUCCUUUUUCUCGUCCCAAGAGCUUCAGCGACAAGGUUUCAAGGACGUGCACGCAUUUACUGGAUACGACACAACAGCUUCCGCUUUUCGAAAAAGCAAGGUCGCAUUUGCGAAGUUGUAUCUGAAGUCUCGAGAGGUCCAGAAAGCAGCAGCGGUCUUUUCAGUCCCUUCCUCCACCACCGCCCAAGUACAAGAGGCAGGUGAUACCUCUUCCUCCCAGCAAGGGAGCACCAUAACAGCAUUCCACCACCUUCAGCACAAAGUUUGGCUGAAAAAAACCAAGCCUCAAAUGUUCUCUGGCAUGCCAAAAUUGCCAGGGGAACUGCCUGUAUUGCCUCAAGUGGACUCUGAAGAUGGGGAAGAACAGGAUAGUCCUCUGACCGUGUUCCUACAAGAAGAUGAGAACGAAGACGAGGAUCAAGAUUUUUUCCCAUCAAGAGACUGA